AUGAUAGCCGCUGAGGUUCACUAUCCAGCAUAUGAUAGCCGUAAUUUUGAAGAAAUGAAUCACCAUCCACGGUAUUCUAUCCCCGAAAGGCAAGAAGAAAGUGAUGACAACUCUAUUAAAAUCCUAGAUUCCCUCCCAUCUAAACUAGUGGCAUGCUCUUUCCAGAUGUCCAACUCUACUUCAAACCAAUCAUCCCGUGAUACUAUAAGGGAUCAUGCUGCAGGAACAUCUUCGCUUAAGUAUCCUUCAUUCAUAGUCGAAAUGAAAGCUACUCUGACUCCACAAUGGGAGGUGGCUGUGAGUAAUUUGGCAAUGGCAACAGCCUCGACUGCAAUCUCUCCAGCAACAUUUCUGGCUGCAGCCAUUGUUAGCCCAACCUCAUUAUCCCGUAGAAGGAUUAAAGUAAACUAUGUUAGUGGAUUAAGCUCAUUUAGUGGAAUCAAAGCAAAUAACAAAGUGGUAUCUUUAGCUCUUCCAGUAUGCACUGAGAUUCAUUUGCUAAGAUUGUUAGGUCAUUCAGUCAACCACCACAGGGUGGUGGAAGAAGUGACGGAGCUCUUUCUUCCACCUGCAGCGCAGUGGAGGAGAUUUUCGAGAUUGCUGCCAUCAUUCCAGGAUUGGUUCUUGUCGGAGUAG